AUGAAAGGCAGACCUCGGCUCCCUGUGCCUCUUUGCAGGUUCUGCAAUAAGGAGUUCAAGAGACAGGAACAUCUUGAAAGGCAUAUCCGUACACAUACUCGCGAAAGACCAUAUGGGUGUUCAUGCGGCCGAACAUUUACAAGACAAGAUCUACUAAAUCGUCACCGACGACUUUCUCAAUGCUCUACCAAUGGCUCAGGCAAACAAGCGGAAUCAAAUCUAGCGAUAUCACCCGACGGGGCUGUGACAACUUCACCCUCUAUCUCACAAGCUAGCGACGAGAACAAUCAUCACAGUAGCCAGCUGCAGUCUCAAGGAAACCCCUCUAAUUUAAUGUCUAUGUCAGUCUCUCCCCAGACCAUGUCUUCUCAACAAGACAUGAUGAGCCGAUUUUCAAUUCAUGACCGGCCUCUGGGUUAUCAAGCCCAGACACCAGGCCAUAUCUUUGAGCCACCAAAAGAUCCCAUCCGCAACAGCAAUUCAACCCCGGCUGGUGCUUUGGAUAGCCUUGACUUCAUGCAAUUCGAGUCGUUCAACGCGGAUAUGUUUCCUGAUGAGAUGGACAUGAUCAAUAGUUAUCUCGGGGAAGUUCUCCCCCCUGAAGACUCGCAUCAAGGAUUUACACCGGAUACGUCAAACUUUUUUACUCAAUCAUUUAUUCCAGAGCCAGUUCUUGCCCCUGCUCCCUCGAGUCAUUUACAGCUUGAGGCGCCUGGCCAUAUAGAAUUGAGCAACGCGCCAGCGUCGGCCCUACCUUUCUGCCAGAAACGGCAAGCCCAAGCAGCUCCAGUUCGAAAUAAGGUUGACCAGUUGCUUGAUACUACAGAAGAUAUUGUAGCAACAAACCCCUGGGCUGUAUCAGCUGCUGCUCAUGAAAGGCUUUCUAUAGAGUUCUCGAAGCACAGGUCAGAUAUCCCCCAGUCAUUUACACUUCCCAGCAGACAUGCGUUAUCUCGAUACAUCGCAAGCUGGAUACGAGGCUAUCAUCCACAUUUACCAUUCGUCCACCUUCCGACUACCAAUCUGGAAUCCAUGUCACCUAUACUUCUCUUGACGCUGGCAGCUACAGGAUCAUUCUAUGGAUUUGAGCACCCUCAGGGAUACACUAUGUACUUUGUGGCCAAGGCUAUGAUCAACCAUGAGCUAGAGGAGAGACGCCGUGUGUCAAAUCGCCAUAUUCUAAACGGUUUCCCCCGUUUUGCAGCUCUCCCUACAAGCUCCACAGAAGUCUACGAUCCGCCAACAAAUCACCCUGCGGUUUUAACGAAAUUUGAUAUUGAACUAUUACAAUCCUUGUUGAUUGCCGUAAUGACUAUGUCAUGGCUGGACGGACCACUUGCAGAGGAGGCACUUGCUAUGAGUAGCCAGUUGACCGCUCUCACCCGCGACAUUCCGAAACGUCUACCAGAGGAUCAUCCCAAUGAUACAUGGGAGAAUUGGGGCCGUGAUGAAGAGAGACGACGCACCUUACUCUCGGCAUACUUCACAUUAAAUAUCCAAACCAUCUGCUUUAAUGUACCGCCUCAGAUGACAGCAGCAGAGUUUAGCUUCGAGCUUCCUUGCUCUGAAGCUGAGUUCAACGCGCCAGACUCGGAAACAUGGAAUCGUGUGCGACGAAAGGUCGACCCACGCAAGCUCAACUUUCAGUCAUGCUUUAAGCAAUUACUAUCCGGAGAGCCACUCGCCAAGGAGGUCUCGGCAACUGAGUUUGGCAAUUAUAUGCUUAUCCAGAGUUUGCUGAUACAGAUCUACUUUGAGCGUCAAGUAUCGUCUGCCCUGUUGUCUCCAUCGCCAAGUCUGUCAGAGAGCGCCAUUGCGACUUAUGCUGCUGCACUCGGCGCCUGGCAAUCUUGCUGGGACUCUGCAAUCGAAUCUGCCCCCGAUCCGUCCUCUAGGAAUUCGCCGCUACCUUUCAACUCGACUGCUAUGCUCCGGCUAGCUCAUAUUCAUCUUGGCUUUGGCCUCUACAGUCAAUGCGAGUUGCUAUCUCGAGAUCCUAUCGUCAAAGCUCGAGUAUUCGAAUCGUAUCAGAAUCCAUUGCCCCUGCGUGCUCCGCACCUUGAUCAAGCUGUUCUACAUGCAAUCUACGCUUUGAGGAUACCUGUGAGAGUCGGCAUCGCAUUCGUGGCGCGCGGCCGUACAGGUCACUGGAGUGUCCAGCAUGCUAUCAGUCACUUUGGAUGCGCCCUUCUACUUACCCACUGGCUUGAAAAUAUUUAUCAGCUAGUUCUGUCGGAUGGUGCGUCAGCUCUCAGAGAGGAGGAAAAGCGCCUGCUGUCUAUGGUCGACCGUCUAGUUGAAGAAACUCAUCUAGAGGCCUCGCUUGGCCCCAAAUCCGACUUUCCUAGCAGGAUAAGACGCUUGGCUAUUGCAGCAGUGAAGCUUUGGGCAGAAACCUGCAAGGGUAUACAGGUCUAUGAGAUCGUACAUGUCGUUGGAGAAACACUUUCGCUAGUGGCAGAAUCACUAGAGAAGCAAAUCUAG